UCAGCCGUCAAUACAUCAAACGUCUACUAGACUAAAAAUUAAUCAAAACAUGAUUAAGUCCAAAGUUCAGCAAACUACAAAAAUUCAGUAUAAAUGUUCUUAUUUAAAAGAACACACAAAUUGCUGCUUCGAACGAAACACUUCAAGGAGUUUUUUACCUCAACAAAAAUAAUAAAUAAUAUGAGAUGUGGAGUUAGACAGCAUAUUAAAAUCAUCUCAUUCGCUGUGUCCAACCUCGUAAACCCUGCCAAGGAUAAUCCACUGGUGACAGUUGAACAAGGAACUCUAAGAGGCUCUAAGAAAACCCUACUCGAUGGAUCCCCAUACUACAGUUUUAAGGGAAUUCCUUAUGCAGAACCACCUACAGGAGAGCUCAGAUUUCAGGCGCCAAAACCUCGUAAGCCGUGGAAUGGGGUCCUCGAUGCUGUCGAGCACGGACCCGUGUGUCCUCAAUAUGACAUUAGUACUUCAUCAACAAUUGAAGGAAACGAAGAUUGUUUGUAUUUAAACGUUUAUACCAGAUCUUUACAGUCGGAUAGUAAAAUACCAGUCAUGGUAUACAUUCACGGCGGAGGCUACUCGUCUGGUUCGGGCAAUUCGGGAAUGUACGGCCCGGAAUUCAUUAUUCAGCACAACGUUGUUCUGGUCACGAUAAACUAUAGACUCGAACUGUUGGGUUUUCUUAGUUUAGACACGGCCGAAGUUCCAGGCAACGCCGGGAUGAAGGAUCAGGUUGCCGCGUUGCGAUGGGUCAAAGGUAACAUCGUAAGGUUUGGCGGUGAUCCUGAUAAUGUAACAAUUUUCGGGGAAAGUGCAGGGGCCGCGUCCGUCACGUAUCACACGCUUUCACCAAUGUCGAAAGGUCUGUUCCAUAAGGUGAUCGCUCAAAGCGGUGUUUGUAUUAACGACUGGGCGAUAGGAAACAAAACUCUGGAAAGGGCAUACAGAGUUGCGAAAUUAUUAGGUAAAGAGUGUAGCGAUGUACAAGAUUUGUUGGAGUUUUUGAGGAGCGUUGAUCCUCUCAAGCUAACCUGCGUGACUUACAGAACAAGGACGCAAGAUGAAAAGUACAGAGGACUGCCAAUGUACUUUGUUCCGAUUGUAGAGAAGAAAUUCGAUGGUGUCGAAGCAUUUUUAAGCGAGGAACCAAUCGAGACGCUUAUGUCCGGUAAUAUAAACAACGUACCGAUACUGUUGGGUUACAAUAAGUCUGAAGGAGUGUUGAUGUUGGCGGAUGUAUUAAAAAAAAAAGAAAUUAUGAACGAAAAGCCUUCGUUUAUUGUGCCUAGGGAAAUAGCGCAAACCGUUUCCGAAGAGAAAUUAAAGGAAUUUGGUGAGAGGAUCAAGAGAUUUUACUUUGGUGACGAGGGAAUAUCAGCGGACAACACAGCAACAAUUGUCGAUUUUCAAACAGAUCUCUAUUUUGCAUACAACGUCUACAGAUUUGCAUAUUUAUACAGCGUUUACAAUAAUCCAAUUUAUUUAUACAGAUUCGAUUAUGAAACUGAAUUGAAUUUCAUUAAAAACGCGUUAGGCCAGGGCGGAAUAAAAGGUGCGGCCCACGCCGACGACCUGUUCUAUUUCUUUUACAAUCCCAUAAAUAAACAUUUUAUUGGAGAUGAGCGAUUGAAGAAAAUAAUUUACGAAGUAACGAAACUUUGGACUGAUUUUAGUAAAACGGGAAAUCCAACACCGGACAACGCUUUGGGUGUCAAAUGGUAUCCGUACAGUGUGAACGGGAAUAAAAUUAUGUUUUUGGAUGAGCCUUUGAGAUUCGAACAAUGCUUUGAAAUUGAUAGGGUCGAUUUUUGGAACAAACUGUACUCGGAAGCAGGGAGGCCGUGUAUUAAAAAAAGCAAUUUAUGAUGAACUAUAAUUAAAUAUAAUUUAAAAAAAUGGUCCAAGUAGUAAAGACUAAUAGUAAGGUUAAAGUGUUGAAAAAUAUGUGCCCAUAAAUUACUAUAAAUUCGUUAAAAUCAAUAGAAUUCGUCUGUGAUAUGUGAAGUUAAAAUGGCUUCGUGAAAAUAAAUUAU